CCAUGGACGGAACGUUUUUCGAAGCCCUAUACUUGUGAACGGCGUUUGUUGUACUGUUCUGACGCCAGGAAUAGAAGACAGUGUAGGACCCGCCUUCCAGGAACCAUUCGCAGGGCACUUCCGUAGAUGUUCGAUGACUAUUUGAAGAAGAAGGAGAGAGCAGCAUGGGCUGCGGCGGCAGCCGGGCUGCCGUUGUUCCCCUUGAGCCCCUGCCGACAUAUCCACAAAAAGACACUGCCGCAGCCGUUGUGAAGCCGCAGCAGAACUCUUGUACAAAUGCACUGCCACAGUCGGAGCGUAAUGAGGUGUCUCAAGAAUCUCUUUUGAGGUACCUGCGAUAUGAGCGGGAAAUUCAACAUUAUGAGCAGCAUCGUAUCCUGCAGAGCUACCAGGUUCACGCUGAUCAGCUGCAGCAGCUGGAAGGCACUGCUGCGGCACUGGAUGCUGAGCGACAGAGGAUGGGCCACGAAAUGAGGGCGUUGCAGAGCUGUCUUGGUGAGGAUCAAUUGAAGACUGUCAAACAGGUGCUUCUUGAGCAACGUCGAGCAGAGGAGCUUCAGCCUGAGCAGGAAGACUAUCUGGACGCCCUUAACAGACUGGAGGUAUGUAAAGAUGAAUUGAAGCAGACGAGAGCACAGGUCGAGGCAACCCAGAGGGAGCUCAAGGUCCUAGCCAAGCACUGCGAGAGGUUAGCAGCCCUAUACCAGGAAAGGGACAACUUGCUAGAGACCAUUUUCGGCAGCAUGUCUGGAAGCGAGCUCGAAGACCAGCUGGCCUUGGACCUAGAAAAGCUGCAGAUAUGCAAGCAGCAAGUGGACCAAACCCAUUUCAAAUGGACGCAAGCCCUUCUCAUGGUUCGUCAGGCGUGUACCCAACUGGCACGCGCUCUCAAAAAAUGGACGGAGCUCUCCGCAGUCCCUUCGAAAGACGACGAGAUGAAGUUCUACUGUGUCGCAGAGACAAGAAACAACCUGAGCGCCGCGUUGCAGAACCUACGUGCAGCACAGAGGUACCUCCACAAUGUAGAGUUUCCUUACUGUACUGCAGCGGAAGUACAGACUAUGUACAAGGCGGUGAGGUUCAUCUUCACGGACAUGAAGAGCCCAGAUCGAUACGAGCACGCACUCAACUGCUACCAUACGACGUACCGGAGGGCGGGAGCACUGAAACAAUGGUUGGAGAGGGUAAUCACUACUGUGAUCGAGCACGACCUGGCCAUUCUGGAAGACAGGUGCCACAAUAAGUUCGCCGAACUGCGCAAGGAACGGAUCUAUUUGAUUCGUCAGAAGCUGAAAGCGUACUCUGGAAACGACACCGAAAACGGCAACAUUAUAUCGGAUAAGAUGGGAAUCUCAACGAGAGACAGUGGACUUGAGAGCGACAUCGACGACAUUGUGGCAGACGAAGAAGUUGGCAAGGUGUUCCAACCUGAACGUGUCUGGAGCAGGGGGAGCACAUCGACAACGCCUGAUUCCAACGUCUUUCCUACACCGGUUCCGGUUACAGAUCUAGCGCCAUUGCCUUCGACGGAGAGAAUCUUUGGAAUAGUGACCGAAUUGCGUCACCAACACCACGAGCAAAUGAAAGCCCUUCGGCGAGCACAGGAUCUGAGGCAGGCGAGGCUGAGCCGGGCUCUGCAAAAGAAGAUCGAAUCCAGGAAGCACAAGAGGAGUGGACAGAUACCACGAGCGCAUCAUGAGGCUCACUACGCGAUGUAGUUGUUCCUCUUUAUUGUA